AUGGUUGUUGUAGCUGUCGCGGGCGGUACAGGAGAUCUGGGCCGUGUCCUCGCCCAGGCUGUAAUUGAUACUGGCAGACAUGAGGUGUACAUUCUAUCGCGCAAGACAAACUACACGGAGGAGUCAGUGGUCCACAUUCUGUCGGAGAAGAGCGUCGAAGUGGUCAUCUGCGCGCUGAUCAUGGACAGCGACUCUGCUUGCGAGGCCCAGUUGCGUUUGAUACGCGCCGCUGAUCAGUGCCCAUCUGUCAAACGCUUCAUCCCCUCCGAAUUCAACGUGGAAUACGACGUCGGUGAUGAAUUCCUGCCGUAUCCAGAGAAGAGAUUCCAUCAGAUCGCGCGGCGGGCGCUUGAGCGGACCAAGUCGGUCGAGUAUGCCUACUUCUACCCUGGCAUGUUCAUGGACUACUUUGGGAUGCCGCGCGUCUCAACUUGUCUCCGCCCCCUGUAUUUCUUCAUUGACCCUGUACACGGUCGAGCAAUCCUUCCGGGGGACGGUGAGGGGAAGAUGAGCAUGACUCUUACGACGGAUGCGGCAAGAUACCUCGCCCUGGCCCUGGACCUGCCCAAGUGGCCACGCGUGCUGAAGGCUGUGGCGAGUACAGUCUCACUCAAUGAGCUCGUCACGCUCGUCGGCAAGAGUCAAGAUCGUCCUCUGCAGGUCACGUUCCAGCCUGUGGAAGACCUUCUCCGCCACGACAGCAUACCUCUACUCUCAAACAUGCAUCUCGCAAAGGACUAUCCUGACCGAUUCCCGGGGGGCGUGGAGCAAGUGCGCACCUUAGUCGCCGAUCUGGAGGCAGGGGUGGCAUUGGGCGCUUAUGACUUGAGCGAGGUUCAGGGUGAGCACCUCGACCUGGUCGAGUCGUUCAAGGGUCUGGAUCCACCUCCGCAACAGAUUGCGGACUUUCUUGAGAGAACAUGGCGCCGCGAAAACACAUAUCGUCAAUCAUACGGCUUCCAGGAGGCCCUCUACAAUGCCAUCUCAGCGCCCCCAGGUUCCCCAGCCCUUUUUCUCAUCGCCAGCUGGGUCACCUUCAAGCACACUCCGGGGAAGAACGCGGGCCCUGACUUGAUCUCUCAACUCCGCCGCGCCUGGCUGCAGAUGCGCUGCAAAUACCCUGGUCUGGCCGCCGAGAAUCUGUCAGAUGGAAAGUUCUAUCAGUCCCCAUUGACUCCUGAUGAGCAGCAGCAUUGGCUGGACACUACAUUUCUCGUGUUGCCUGGGAGAACAACGACAGAGCACUGGACAGACAUGGUCAAACCAAGGCAGAUGACUCUCAACUACAUGCCUGAAGAGAAGCAGCUGUUUCUGCAGGGAGAGCACCAUACUCUGGACGGAAGAGGCAUUAUGAACUUUUGGGAUCGGUUCUUCAAAUUCCUCGCGUCGCCCGUACAGGUGGAUCUGCCUACAAUCGACGGCUCUGAGAUAGCGCGUCUUCCAUUCCGGUCAGACGACCUGUUGGACGUGGCGGAAUCCCGCCCAGGAAGGGGUGAACAGCGUGCCCAGGAGAUCCUCGCGCCGCUCGCGGACAUCGAAAGACCAAUCUGCGUACCCGUGGCGCAGCCUCUUCUGCCUCAUUGCCUACGCAACUCAGCGGAGCGUCUCAAGGUCAGCGCCACCCUAUCGAAAGCCAUCAUCGACGCAUGCAAGACCCAAAACCUGAGUGUCACGGCGAGCUGGCACGCAGCUGUCAUCCACGCCACGCAGAUUGUGCAGCGACAGCGCAACGCUGGAACCGACAGGUUGAAUGGGACAAAGUUUGCCACCUUUGGCAACUUUGACCUCCGUCGGUAUUUUCCGUCCACGAGCGACUCUGAGGCUUACUCGGUCGGGAACCAUCAUUGUGUUCUCCCUUGCGUAGUGGAGCCUGAUGGCAAGACAUUCUCGCAGAUCGUCAAAGAGGUGUCUCGAUUCUAUCAGCAAGAUGUGCCCCGGGAGGAUCCCGAGGUCUGGAGUGCCAUGGGACCCAUGGUGCGCACCUUGCUCCCAGAGUUCGUUCAGAGGCAACUGCAGGAGACAACCCCAGCGGUAUCGAGCCUCGGGGCUGCCGACAGCUUCAUCAGCUUGUCCUACGGCCACUCGGCCAAGCAUGGCUCGUGGACAAUCCGAGACGUUUGGUUCGGUGAUACUGUUACUGGACCGUGGCUGGAGUGUUUCCUGUGGUCUUGGCAGGGCCGUAUUUGUCUCAACACGUGCUAUAAUUCGGCGUAUUAUGGCUACACCGAGGUAGACGACUUCAAUCAGCUGGUGCUGGAGGAAAUGAUGAGAGGAUUGGGGGUGCGACUUCAGGGUUAUAUCGGGAAGCUUUAG